AUGGUGAGAGCAAAAAAAAAAAAAACAAUAGCAAAAGCUUUAGGCAAGGAUAGUACCGAUUACAUGAUGGUGGCGAGCAUAAUUGAUAACAGGUGGAGUUGUCAACUCCACCAUCCAUUACAUGCAGCGGGUUACUACUUUAACCCGGAGUUUUAUUGCACCAACCCGGACAUUGAAAAUAACAAAGAGGUGUCUGAUGGAUUGAUUGAGUGCAUUAAGAGGCUUGUCCCUAACAAGCAAAAACAAGAUUCUAUCAUGAAGGAGAUGGUGAUCUGGGUGAACCAAGAGGGCUCUUUUGGUUUAGAGAUGGCAAAGCGUGGAAUUGGUAAUAUAGCUCCAGCUGAGUGGUGGAAACUUUAUGGGAAAGGGACCCCAAAUAUUCAACACGUGGCUAUUAAAGUUCUUAGUCUGACAUGCAGUUCGUCUGGAUGCGAAAGAAACUUUAGUGCUUUUGAGCAUAUCCAUUCCAAGAAAAGAAACCGUUUGGAACACAAGAAGUUACAUGAUAUUGUGUUUGUAAGAUACAACAAGACACUCCAAAAUCGUCGUGACAAGAAUGUUGCAUAUGAUCCAAUAUCAUUGGAUAACAUUGAUGCUUGUAAUGAGUGGUUGGUUGGGAGGAUGGAAGAAGAUGUGAAUGAUGAGGCUAAAGAUGAAUAUGGGGUUGGAGAGGUAAGGGGAAGAAAAUCGUCACAACCUUCUUCCUCACGAGCUCUAGUGGAUGAAACCUCUAAAGAAGACAUUGAAGAUGAACCAGAAGCUGAUUAUCAACCUGAAGUGGAUGGAAAUUAUGAUGAAUUUGAUAACCUUGAUGAUUGA